AUGGCAAAGACUCCGGAAAUUAAAUAUCAGCUGCAGUCAUAUGAGCCAGAUUUAUCUGUCCCUACUGAAGUCAACAUUCAAAAUAUAAUUUCCGGUGUUGAAAACGACAUGAAGACUCAAUAUCAACAAGCUUUAAUCAAUUUUCUUGUGAAGGAGCAUCAAAAAUUUGAUAUUGAGGAAUUAAAGGUUGGAGACACGAGAGAAAAGCUAUGGAAAACUUUAAUAAAAUUAGCCAAUAAAACUGAUGAUAAUGAUGAUUUAGCUGUUAUAUUCACAGUAUUUCGUAUAAUCAGUCGAGAUAAAGCGUCUGUAAAUAAACUUGUAACAAAAGAAUGGAUGGAUUUAUUGAUACGUCACAUUGGUCUAAACGAUACAAAAUUUGACUAUUCUGAUGAUACCCUAUGUAAGAUUGAAGAAGGUCAGAAAGUGCUGUGGAAUACUUUAUUUAAUAGCAAGGAUUUGGUAGAAGCAUCCAUCAAAAAUGGUUUAUUGGAUAAACUUAUUGGCAGGAUAAGCUUAUAUGAUAAAGUCCAUGUUCCAGACUCUAUCAAAUUUUACGACACUAAAUUUGUGUUUUAUCUCACAGCACUUUCGAAAAAUGUAAGAGAAAUAAUUGUAGAUGCAGAUGGUCUACAGCUAUUUAUUAAUGCAUUGAAAGUUAUUCUGAAAGAGGCUGGCGAAACUCCUGCUAAGCUUGAUGACCAAAAAGCCGACAUUGCUUCCGAAACACUUAAAGCGUUAUUUAAUAUUACUCUAAUCAGUUCUUUUGGAGAAAAACAAGAGGCUCAAUCUAGAGAAUUAGUUGGAAUAUUAAGAAACUACCUUAUGGCUUCCACAAUAAAUUUAGAAAAAACCUGGCAGCUUAGAAAUGACAUUGUGAAUUUAUUAACAAAUAUUCCAGCAACUUAUUAUACAGAAUUGCUUAUGCCUGUAGAUGAAUCAACACCACUCCCAAAGAGUUUAAGAUUCGAAAAUCAAAAUAUGACAGUUAUUUAUGAAAUAUUGAUGUUUUUGGAGGCAAAAUUUAAUGAUAAAAGCUCUAUUGGAAAUCAGCUAGAAAUUUAUUCACCAAUACUGAGUGUGCUGUACAAAGCUGUCACAGCACACAGAUCUAUUAGGAAAUACUUGCGAUUGCACAUAUUGCCACCCUUGAAAGACAAUAUGGAUAAGCGUCCCGAAGAAAUGAAUACUUUGAGAGGCCACCUCUGCAAAUUAUUAACGACCCCAAUAACGCAAAUUAGAGAUUUAGUGGCAGAACUGUUAUUUGUUUUGUGCAAAUGUAAUGCUUCAAGGAUGAUUAAGUAUACAGGAUAUGGCAAUGCUGCUGGACUAUUUGCACAAAGAGGACUAUUGGGCGGGAAAAAAGAUGCAGCUGAGGCUGAGUUUAGUUCUGAGAGCGAGUGCAGUGAAACUGAAGAAUAUUCAGGAAAAAAGCACCUAAUUAAUCCAGUUAUGGGAUGCGUUGAAAAACCUCAUACAAAUCCUAUGGCAGGAAUGACAGAGGAACAAAAGGAAUAUGAAGCUAUGCAACUUCUGGACAAAAUUAACAGUUUAGCAAAUUCUGGUGUAAUACAACCCUGUAGGAUUGGGUCUGACGGGAAACCUCAUCCGAUUGUGCAUGUGCUUCAGUUGCAAGAGCGUCUUAAGCUCCAACACAUUCAUAGUAAUCAUUCUGAUAUUCCAGUUCACAGUUCACCGACAUUUUCGAAAAACUCUUAA